GAGGAAAGGGUCGACUUCCGGUUCCGCCAGGCGCUGCCGCCGGCUUCUUGAGGGUGCUCCGCUCCCUGCGUCCUACCCCGUGCGGCGACCUGAGCGGAGCAGGAUGAGCUUCGAGCACCGCAGGGACUGGAGCCGCGGAGGAGGAGGGGGCCCCCGGCCUUCCUCCUCCUCCGCGGGGGGACCCGAAGGCCGCGGGGGCCGGGGCCGGCAUCCCAGCCACCUCAAGGGCCGCGACAUCGGGCUGUGGUACGCGCGGAAGCAGGGCCAGAAAAGCAAAGAGCCUGACAGGCAGCAGAGAGCUGUGGUGCGUAUGGAUGAACGCAGGGAAGAACAGAUUGUUCAGUUGCUGAAUACUGUCCAGACUAGAAAUGAAAAAGAACAAGAAUCUGUGUCAUGGUGGUCCGGUGAGGAAGAAGGUCCAGAGGUACCUGUAGAGAAACCAACCUUGGCGAAGACUUCUGUAAAGCAGAGACCAAUUUUGGAGAAAACAUUCGUAGAUCGAGAUUCAGAAUAUCUCUUUCAAGAAAAUGAGCCAGAUAUUGAUUUGAAUGAGAAAUUUAGAGAAGAGUUAAGAAAGAAGAAAUUUGAUCCUAGAUACAUUGAAAUGCAGAGAUUCCGAGAGAAACUUCCUUCAUAUGGGAUAAGAAGGGAACUGAUAACUAUGAUCAAUAAUAAUCAGGUGACUGUGAUAAGUGGUGAGACUGGUUGUGGAAAGACGACACAAGUUACUCAGUUCAUUCUGGAUGACUGUAUAGAGAGAGGGAAAGGAUCUGCUUGCAGGAUUGUAUGUACCCAACCUAGGAGGAUCAGUGCUAUCUCAGUGGCAGAGAGAGUUGCAGCUGAAAGGGCAGAAGUGUGUGGUAAUGGCAAGAGUACAGGAUACCAAAUUCGUCUCCAGAGUCGGUUACCAAGGAAACAAGGUUCCAUUUUGUAUUGUACAACAGGAAUCGUCCUUCAGUGGCUCCAAUCAGACAAGCAGUUGUCCAGUGUUAGUCAUGUUAUUCUUGAUGAAAUCCAUGAAAGAAAUCUUCAAUCAGAUGUCUUAAUGACUGUUAUUAAAGAUCUUCUAAAUGUUCGACCAGACCUGAAAGUAAUACUGAUGAGUGCUACUUUGAAUGCUGAGAAAUUUUCAGAAUAUUUUGACAAUUGUCCCAUGAUCCAUAUACCUGGAUUCACCUUCCCUGUUGUGGAAUAUCUUUUGGAAGACACAAUUGAAAAGUUAAGAUAUACUCCAAAAGAUACAGAUUGCAGACCACGGUUGAAGAAGGGCUUUAUGCAAGGACACAUAAGCAGACCAGAAAAGGAAGAGAAAGAAGAAAUCUAUAGAGAACGAUGGCCAGAUUAUCUAAGGCAGCUGCGAGGAAGGUAUUCAGCAAGUACUAUAGAUGCAUUGGAAAUGAUGGAUGAUGACAAGAUUGAUCUUGACCUUAUAGCUGCACUUAUCAGACACAUUGUCCUAGAGGAAGAGGAUGGUGCAAUACUGGUGUUUCUCCCAGGCUGGGACAAUAUUAGCACUUUACAUGACCUCUUGAUGUCACAAGUCAUGUUUAAGUCAGAUAGAUUCAUUAUUAUACCUCUGCAUUCACUGAUGCCUACUGUUAAUCAGACACAGGUUUUUAAAAAGACCCCUCCUGGAGUACGGAAAAUUGUAAUUGCUACCAACAUUGCAGAGACUAGCAUUACCAUUGAUGAUGUGGUGUAUGUCAUAGAUGGAGGAAAAAUAAAAGAAACUCACUUUGAUACACAGAACAACAUUAGCACAAUGGCAGCAGAGUGGGUUAGUAAAGCUAAUGCCAAACAAAGGAAAGGUCGAGCAGGAAGAGUCCAGCCGGGUCACUGUUAUCAUCUAUACAAUGGUCUACGUGCCAGCCUACUGGAUGAUUAUCAAUUACCGGAAAUCCUAAGGACACCUUUGGAAGAACUUUGUUUACAAAUCAAGAUUCUAAGGCUUGGUGGAAUUGCUUAUUUUCUGAGUAGGCUAAUGGAUCCACCAUCUCGUGAAGCUGUGAUGUUGUCCAUAAAUCAUCUAAUGGAACUGAAUGCUUUGGAUAGACAAGAAGAACUGACUCCAUUAGGUGUCCACUUGGCACGAUUGCCAGUUGAGCCACAUAUUGGAAAAAUGAUCCUCUUUGGAGCUUUAUUCUGUUGCUUAGAUCCAGUACUCACAAUUGCAGCCAGCCUCAGCUUCAAGGACCCCUUUGUGAUUCCACUGGGCAAAGAGAAAGUAGCAGAUGCAAGAAGAAAAGAAUUAUCAAAGAAUACUAAAAGUGACCAUCUAACUGUUGUGAAUGCUUUUGUGGGCUGGGAAGAGGUCCGGCGACGUGGUUUCAGAAGUGAAAAGGAUUAUUGCUGGGAAUAUUUUCUCUCUUCAAAUACACUUCAGAUGCUGCUUAACAUGAAAGGACAGUUUGCUGAACAUCUCCUUGCAGCUGGGUUUGUGAGUAGUAAAAACCCCCGAGAUCCCAAAUCUAAUACCAACUCAGAUAAUGAGAAGUUACUCAAAGCAGUCAUCUGUGCUGGUUUAUAUCCAAAAGUUGCAAAGAUCCGUAAAAGCUUUAGCAAAAAGAGAAAAAUGGUGAAAGUUUGCACCAAGACAGAUGGAACAGUUAACAUUCAUCCUAAAUCUGUUAACGUGGAAGAGACAGAAUUCCAUUAUAACUGGCUUGUGUAUCACUUAAAGAUGAGAACUAGCAGCAUUUACCUGUAUGAUUGUACAGAGGUCUCUCCAUACUGUCUUUUGUUCUUCGGCGGAGAUAUUUCCAUCCAGAAGGAUAAAGAUCAGGAUACUAUUGCAGUGGAUGAAUGGAUUGUCUUUGAGUCUCCAGCUAGGAUAGGAAAUCUAGUUAAGGAUUUAAGAAGAGAACUGGAUGACCUUCUACAAGAAAAAAUUGAAAACCCACACCCUGUGGACUGGAAUGACACUAAAUCCAGGGACACUGCAGUGCUGACAGCCAUUAUAGACCUAAUCACAACACAGGAGAAUGAAAGUCCCAGAAACUAUGCCCCUCGAUUUCAGAAUGAACGUUACAGUUGACGCUAUUAUGUUGGUGUUUGAGAAGAUGACACUUUCACUAGUUUCCUUUUAUUUUAUAGCUUUUUGUCUAGCUAGAUGAAAGACUUUCUAGGGCAACUCAGUAAUUCCACUCAUAUUGAAGAGCAGUUAAUUUCAGUAGUUUAUAAUGGCUGUAGGUGCAUGACAUCCAGUGUUUAAUGUAGCUUUUUAAAUGACAGUGCAAUGAUGUUGGCGUCCAUUAGUGUAUGUGGUUUAUUUUGUCCUGUCUAUACUUGGCUUCUUUAUAACUGUAACUCUUUCAAGGAAAAGGUGUGUAAAAUUCAAAAUAUUGUGUUAUAUUGUACUAUCUAAUUCGUCAGAUAUUCCUGCUGUCCAUGGAAAAUGUCACAUUAAGGUUUUUUUGGGGAAAAGUAAUCAGGUCUAGUAGUCAAAAGGGGUUCAAACCAAGCAGCAUCUUUCUUUCAGAAUUUUCAACUGAAAGUAACUAUAUUCAUAUUUAAAUGUAAACUACAGCCAACUUCUAGACAAAGCAGCUGUUAAAGUGUACAGUGGAAAGAAUCAAAUUCUCCCUCUUUCAUCCCAAUUAUUCCAUCACUCUUGCUUUUCCUGUUGUACCCAGUGAUCAGUAUAGACUGAAAUUUCAGAAUAAGGCAGUGACUUAUGGUAGAUAAAAAUCAUGGCAGGAAUACACUGUGCAGGAUUAGUUAUUGUCUAAAUUUUCCUUUAGAAAAUGGAGUAAAUGUAAGGCAUACAUAAUGUUGCAUUAAAUGUUUUUUGUUAAAGCUA